CGAUCUUAUGGGUUGCUUGUUGACGGAUUGGUUCAUUGAAGAGGACAGACAAGGAGUGGAUUACCGAAUCGAAAUUUUUUAUUAGCGUCGCAGUGCCAGAGAAAAGAUGCAACCAUGGAUAAAAAUGGACAGGAAGGAAAAAGUGACUUAUCAUGUGCUAGCUGUUAUAACUCAAUAGCAAAAAACGAUUAUGUUUCGGCCCUUGGCCAGGAAUGGCACAACGAUUGUUUCAGGUGCUCGGUGUGUGACAUCCACCUUUCGAACUGGUACUUCGAAAAGGAAGGUCUUCUGUUCUGCAAAGAUGAUUAUUGGGCUAAAUAUGGUGAAUGUUGCCAGCAGUGUGCUCAGGUAAUUUCCGGACCGGUUAUGGUGGCUGGAGAUCACAAAUUUCAUCCCGAAUGUUUUUGUUGUGAGUCGUGCAAAAUUUACAUUGGUGAUGGCGAAGCCUAUGCGCUGGUGGAACGAUCAAAGUUGUUUUGUGGACAAUGUUACAAACGACAAAUGCAGGAUUCCGCGAAGGUUGUACAUGAAUGCACUGACAGCAGCGUGAGCCAUGCUGCCGAAAGCACUCAGAAAAAGAUACCCCACUCUAUUCGUCUGGUGGAAAUUCCUUGGGCAAACACUAAAAAGGAUGGGAUUCGACUGUCAGUAGACGAAAAUCUGUACAGUGUUCCUGCCUACUCCAACACUGGAUGUAAGGGAGUUCGAAUAUCAGAGGUAUUUUGCACCUUCUAUGGGCAGAUAGGAAAAUACAUUUUCUCAUGUGUAUCUUCUGUACUAGACGCUUGUUGUGGGGUGCUUCAUUGUAGAAUUGAUCUAACGUCUGAUUUGAUGUCCCUUCACAUUGGUGAUAAGAUUCUGGAAGUCAAUGGAACACCGGUACGAGAUACACCGUUGGAAAAUGUAGAGAAGUUGAUUCAAAAUUCGGGAAAAGUGCUCCAACUUACGAUCGAACACGACCCAGAAGCCAUAGGUCGUUGUCGGUUGAACAGAAAAAAUAUUGCGGAAGAAGAUAGGCACUGUCAAGAGACGGAUAACAAUUAUAACAGUGCUAGUAGCGGUGUGCUAAAGGAACGAUCUCCUUCGCCGAAUAAGUUUGACAAAGAACGUGUUUUCAAAAAAAAGGAUGAAGGUUACAUUAGCGGAACGUCACGGAAACUGCAUAAACGACUGAAGGAUGUCAAUUGUAAUAAUGCAUCCAAUAAUCUAAAGGAGAAAGAACGAAGCUCCAGUAUGUCCAAACUUUUGGAUGAGCAUCACCCACACCACAGCGGAGAUUUCUAUGAUCUAUCACGUACGAAGUCUUUUAGAGUUGAGCAGAAGGCAGCACGUAUUUUCCGUGCUUCGGAUCUUGUUCAGGGAGAACUACUUGGAAAAGGGUUCUUUGGCCAAGUAUUCAAGGUGACUCAUCGCGUGACUCAGGAAGUGAUGGUUCUCAAAGAACUCUAUCGUGUCGAUGAAGAAGCCCAGAAAAAUUUCCUUAAAGAAGUCGCCGUGUUGCGGUCGCUCUCACAUCAUAAUGUACUAAGAUUCAUCGGAGUUCUCUAUAAAGACAAAAAAUUACACUUGGUAACGGAGUAUAUUCCUGGUGGAUCACUGAAAGAAUUGAUCCACGACUCCGGGCUGCCAUUACCGUGGGAACAAAGAAUAUGUUUCGCACGGGACAUUUCCUGCGGUAUGAGUUACCUACAUUCCAUGAAUAUAAUACACCGAGACCUGAAUUCGCUCAACUGCCUAGUGCGUGAGGAUAAGACAGUGAUUGUAGCGGACUUCGGAUUGGCACGGAUUCUCAAACAACCCAUUAGCACUGCUUUCGAAAAGUGUUCUCAACCAAAUGGUACAAUUGGAAGACGUGGAAGGCCACGGCGACAACGGUAUACCGUUGUGGGUAAUCCGUACUGGAUGGCACCGGAAAUGAUGCGUGGCAACAAAUACGACGAAAAGGUGGAUAUAUUCUCUUUUGGCAUCAUGCUAUGUGAGAUCAUCGGAAGAGUUCAAGCAGAUCCCGAUUAUCUGCCGAGAACUUCCGACUUUGGAUUGAACCAGACGGUGUUUAAAGAGAAGUUUUGUGGUCAAUGUCCGGAGUCGUUUUAUAAGAUUGCGUUCUUAUGUUGCGAUCUGAAUCCUGAUAAACGGCCUCCUUUUGAUUUGUUGGUAGUCUGGUUUGAGUGUAUGGCACAGCAUGCUGCCGUUGGGAAACCUCUUCCAUCGAUUAUUGUACACGAAAUAGAACAUUUUAAGGGCCAGAAAAGCAAUGACUCGAGCAAGUGUACGACACCGGAUGGCCAUGCCACUCCUCCCCCGUCGGGGGUUAAACAGUCGCUGAGCCGCAAGCGUAUAAGCGAGGAAAACGUACAAGAAAGUGUGAAUAGUGAAAAGACAGUGAAACCGGCCCAGGGGAUUGAUGUGGUGGAUUGUCCGAGAGGCACGGUUGUUUCGGCAGCGAAAGACAAACUGGAAAGUAAUAACAUUACCAAUAGCAGUAGUAACAGCAAUAGCGUUAAUGUAAGUGGUUUCAUAAUUGGAGGGACUGAAAUACCCAAAUCACCCCAUCUGGGUAAGGAUUUUUCGCCAAACGGCGAUCGUAUUAGGGAUAGUAUAAGGGCAAAACGCCGACAGCGGAUGAUACUUAGCAGAGAAAAUCAGCGCAAGUCGUUGGAUUCUAGCAGUUUGGGGCUAAAAUUUAGCAGCCUUGAUGUGGUGGUCAAUGCUGAUAGCAGUAUUUCAGAGCCUACUAGUUUGAUACUGGUCGAUACGAAUUCGUCCAAACACCCUCCAUCAACGGAAGAUGUAUUGAACUCUGUCCGCGAUACACUGGAGAAGAAUCCUACCUUAGCGAGACGAAGAGAAGGCUCUCCGAAAGCGAAGCGUUACGGUGAAAAAGGGUUUAUCAUCCAUUUGAACAAUGGUAGUCUUACGUUAAAUAAUGUGAAAGAUUUGGAAGGUUGCUCAGAUUUUGAUUCGAGUUGUGACACGAGUUUAAAUUAUAUUGAUUUGAAUGGUAGUGGCCUAAAUAGUAGUUUGGGACAAAAUUUGGAAGAUGAAAGCUGCUUCAGGGCAAACGAUAUUAGGGAUAUUUGGUCGGUUCCUGUAUUAGGAGAAGGUAAAGAUAAAGCGGAAGGCCUAACACAGUCUACCAGAACAUCACAAACAACGACCAAAAGUGCGCUUGAUGAUCUUAGAAUUCAAUUGAGCUUGUGCCGUAAAAAUGAGGCGAAACAGCAAUCGGAAAAGGAAAAUGUUAAAACAGAAGUUCAAAGUAACAAUAAAGAACCUAAAGGGAGUCGAGUUUUCAACAAAAUUAACCCAUUAGCUACCAUUUUGGGAGGAAAGAACAGUUCGCCGGAGAAGGAGCGUCCCAAGAGCCCAAUUAAAACUAACAGAUACACAUCGAAGUUAUUUCGUGUCAGUGACACCCCAAUCUUCGAACGUCGAAAUGUUAGUUCUCCGAUUCCUUCUCCACUAAAGCGGAGUGAUUCAGGCGAUCAGAUUAAACCACCAAAAUCUUUAAAUUCGGAGAAAUCAAUGUUUGCAUCGAAGCAGAAGGUUUCACCCACCUCUGAGUUAAAAGCUCAGUCAAGUUUUGGUGAAACUCGUAAUCGCUCUUCUACGAGCAACAGCUAUGCCAUAAGUAAGCUCAAAGCAUCCAAGAAUAUAUUCUCGGAUAAAAAUCUUCCUCAAGUGUUUGUUUAUAAAACCAAAAAGACACCAAGCACUGCAACAGAAGUUGUUGCACCGGAUGCCAUAUGUACAAGUAGUUCUAGUAUUUCUAGUAGUAAGACAAAGUCGUUAGCAUUAGUCGAAAGCCCGCCCACAAGUAGAAAGCCGCCGAUCAGCGGUGGUGUAGCUAGCACUAAUAGUUGUAGUAUACUUAGUCUAAGUAAGCGCCGUACUUUCAAACCGGCGGAAAAUACGUCCAGAUAUUCCAGACCCCAGCAAUCCAUACAGCAAGCGGGAUGUCUGGAAAAGUCGGUUGAAAAAUAUGUUGCAUUACCGUCUUCUCUCAGCGGUAGUGCUAGUAAUUCUCGAACGGAAUCUCCUUCACCAACUAGCGGGUCGAAUGAUUCUAGCAGCCGACCACGAUCUGCUAAUCGGGCAGCUGUACUUUCGCCCGAAAGUGUUCGCAGAUUGAAUGCUAGGCUAUUGGAAUCCCGCAAACCUUUAAGUAAUGGGACUGUAGCUGGCCAUUCUUCAACGAAGGGUGGUGGAACAUCGACAGGAAAAUUAGGUCAUUCAUCAAAAUCAGUUGGCCAACAAGAGAAAAGUAGUCGCCCGGGGGUGAAGAAUAAACGGGGAGAUGUAAAAACGGUGGCUAUUUAAGAAUUUGUGCAAUUAUGUCACAGCACCUUGCGGUUGUAGUAAUGGUCGUGGUAACUUAUUGAUAAUUACCAUCAAUUAUUUCGUUAGUUUAAUACGGCAUUUGUACAAAACGAAGUGGGAUAAUACUAGACAUGGAAUUUCUUCGUGUUGGACGGUACUUUAACAUAGUAUUCUCUUUUAUCAUGUAUUUUGAGUGUCUAGUUGUUCGCUCGUAUGCAAUGAACUCAAUGGAACACUUAACAAGGAAACCAGGUAGAGAUUUACGGAAUAGUACUAUCAAAUUUAAGAUCUACAACUCAUCCUAAGUAUCUAAGGUUUCCUAAGUGUUCAAUACCCCAAUUUCUUCCAAAAUUUAACAAUACAUCUCUGCAAAAGACUUGCUCAAGAAUGUUUCUGACCGAUCCCGCUUUGUAGGGUACAAUAAAUAUACUUUUGGCAAGUGUUGCCAACGACUAGUGCACGAGACAUGCGUUUACGCUUACCCUGUAUUCUCUUUUUGGGAUGAAAGGGGCUUAGAUUUGAGCUUUGGAAAAGGCCCAUGUAGCUAAAACUCAACGUUACGAAUUGCCAUAUGAGACGUACAUUGCUUUUCACACAACAAAUUGAAUCACUGUUGACAGUAACGCAAAAUAAUCAUUCAUCCCUAUGCCUUUGCGUAGCUAUCUGACAGAGGGUAUCCACUCCAGAGGGUAGCCAUUCAUCUCAACCCAAUUUUUGGGGCGGAACAGGAUUAUUUUCUCGAACAUCUUACGGAUACAGGACAGCAUGCGAGCGAUAUGUGUUGUGAUCGGAGGCCGAUUUUCCUGGUUUUUAUAUGACGAUGACACUCAUUUGUUUCCAAUCGUGUGGGACAAUCAUAACCUCAAGAAACUAUUUAAAUGUAUUCCACAUGCGUCUUUUGGCUUUCUGGCAGAAGGAUUCGAAAAUGAUUCUACCCAGCAUCGGAGUUUUAUUGCUACAUUAAAAGAGAACUGGCGGGAAGUCCACCAUCGAAAACGAUGUUUCGUUCGCGGUAUUAGCGCCAGUUUCAUGGCUUCCAUCAAACACUUCGUUUUCAUCCCUAACGUCGCUUACUGUAGUUAAAAAUGAUUUCGUGACGACCUGACAUCAUUCUCGAAAUGGAACAAUUGAAUUCUACGAGAACGGGUUAUACUUGCGAUUACUACUAAAUGCUUACAAUCCAGUAUUUUCACCGUCUGAUGUAAGUAUUCUUUAAACCAUCGAAUCUCAUAUUCCAGUAGAUAGGCGCACAUUAAACUCUUGGUGCUGAUUACGCCUUCAAUGUCAUCUUUUCAAGCGGGUAUGUAGAUAAAAUCCAGCAUUAAGCGCCCGCGACCCACAUUUGUUCGAAUAGACCUUCGCUAUUUCGGUCACAACCAAGAAGCAGCUCUUUGAAACCCCUAAUACUUUUAAAGAGACCGGUCGCACGUUCUGGAUAUCGUUUGCCAACGAUGCACCGAUCAAGCCUAUAUUACUGUCUGUAAUUUAUAUCUGUGCAAUGAGGAAAAUAGAGCACAGCGCGAGAUCGAAGUAGUGUCUGUUAUCAUGUACCGCGCAAAAAGAAAAAAAACGCCCGGGCGUUCUGAGAGUACGGGAACGAAUGAUUCUGUACUUCUAUCACAGACUAACAGACAUACCACUAUGAAGAAAUUCCUUCGAAAAAUAUCGAUCCGCCAAUUUCACUAAAACACUAGCUCCACCUUUCAUACACGGUCUCAACCACUCAUUUGCAAAAGGGUUAUCCCUCAGUCUCGGGAACAAUUUUUCACUAACUUCACCCAACUAAAAAUAUAUUUAAAAUGACCGUUAAAGCGGGCGAAGAAUUGUUUUCGAGUGUUAUGUCUGUUAAUCUGUGCUUCUAUCUCUCGUUUCGAAGUGUGAUAUUUUGAGGAUUGGCACUAGUAGCAUAUCGGUUGAAACCAUGUCUGAUCAUCGGAGAUUGGAAAUGCUACUUCUUGGCUCUUAAUUUUUAUAUUAACGAUCAGUCCUGCAUCACCACAAUCGACAUUCUCGGUCUGAUAAAAGAAAGAUUCAAUAUUGAGAACUUGUUAGGUGGUUCUUGUGCUUAUGCACUUGAAGUUUGUAUCUGAUUUUUUCAUUCUAGUAUAAUUAAAGCGUGUUACACGAAGCGUGUUCUACCCUUGUGACAUUUAUUUUUGGUCGCACAUUUGUUUCUGGUUUGGGUUCUUUUCUAUUUGGCCUGCAUUUUCAUCUGACUUUUUUCUGUUCUAAUUCCCAACUACUGUCUAAAUUAAUGAACUGAAAGCGGUUGGGCAUGGGCCUUAUUCAGUUUAAGGAUUAAGCAAAAAUGGCGUAGUCAAUAGUUCAGGUACACUUCGAAAAAGCUAUAUCCCAAAGUAAUCGGUAAUCGCUAGACUUACAAGAACACCUCAAUAUUUUCAUUCUCUCUAUGGGUUGCACUUGAGUGGUGUUUUAUGAUGAUCUUAAUCUCUGGUAUGUGCAUAAGAAAACUGCAAAUAUUGUAAGGUGCUGUGACUUAAACAAAAUUUACGUCUGAUCGUUAUUUAGUAAUGAACGCAUUGGUCGUAACGUUCAGUACACAAACAAUAACAGAAUUGUUAACCGUGAAAAUGACAGCCUCCAAUUGCAAAUUGACAACAGCUUGCUCAUAAUAGGUAGCUAACAAACUACAAUUAUUCCUUAAAAGCCAGCGGAAUCCAAAAAAGAUAUAGGUAGUAACCAUAAUGCCGAAUAUCUGAAUGUUAAAAUAUGGAUUUUCCGAUUUUCUUUAACCGAAUCAAAGUAAGUCGAGAUGUUUUCCUGCAGAACAUGGCCAGAAAUUUUUAAUCUGGAUAACAUUUUCAAUAGGACGUAGAUACUAUAGGGAGUUUAUGGGUCUUCUUUCUCUUUCGAUUAUCAGGGCGCUAAUAUAGUUUUACCCCAUUUGCAGUACAAAUCGAAAGACGACUAUUUUGACUAGCGUAUUAUGAGUUCUGGGGUACACGUUAAGUGACCUAAUUGUUAACGGAACAGAAAGUAUGCUAAUCACUUCCUACUGAAAAUUUUGUCCAGAAAUAUAAGGACUUCAAUACUUUGUUUUCAUAUUAUGCUUUGGGUCAUCAAAUUUAUAAGUUGAUGUUUGUUAAUCGUAUGGAGGUAGCAAAACAGAUAAUGCUUUCAGAAUUUCUAUUUUUAUCUUUGAAGAUUGACCUUGCGAUUUAUACGAAAUUCAUGAAUCCUUUCAUUUCAUUCAGUAUAUUGAUUAUACUACAAAGCACACGACAUAUACGUGUUUCAUGAAUUGUAAGAUUUUCCAGUGUACGUAUUUGAACUCUACCAACGCCAUGUUAUCGGAUUCCUUGUUCGCUAAAUCGCUCAGUGAAACCAAGUAGUGGAAUUGUAAUCUUCCAUAAUUAGAAACCUAUAUUUUUGUGACGUAAAUCUAAUGGGAUUACUUAAAGUAAUUUACGCCAAACCUAGAGAUUUCAUCCCAGAGGUGCUGAAGUUUGGCAUUUUUUUUAUCAAAGCUCAAUUGUUAUCGUCGGUUUGAUGUCUGUUGCCAUAUACGUAAUUCAACAAACUCUAGCAAAUUUGAUCUGGAAAUUGAAGAAGGUCGGUAAAAUACGAACAGAAAAAAAUGUUAACUCACCAUGUUACUCUCGCAAACUUGAAUCUCUAAGCGUUAUUUAUAAGCACCGAAUUAAGAUUUGUAAAUGGCACGUAUAGCUCUAACUGCACGUUUCUUUAUACCUUUGUCUCUUUCCCUUACUGCAUACAAGUGAAAUUACGUGGAACAACCACUUUUAAAUAAAAUCUUUUCAAAACACUAUUUACCUAUGUUCAAGAGACCUUUUAACGUAAAGACUCGAUUCCAAAUUUUGAUUGUACUAAUUAUAUUUUACAUAUAAAUUUAUUUGUCAAUUUACUGAUGUAGACAAGUUACUAACCAGACUGUGAUAUCAUACAGAAGUGUAAUGUUUCGAAACAACAUAAUAAUAAUUGCUGUAGCGAGUGGGUAAGUGAUUUAACCGAAACAUAAAGACACAAACAGUGAGCGAUUUUUGCUAUUCGUUAUCCUGGGCACGAGUGGCAACGUCGGGGGGCUUGGAAAACACGGUUGUGAUACUGUUUUUUUCUUCCAACUGCAUCCGCUUUAUCAUGCAAGCAAAUGUAUCGUAUUGGAACGGAUGACGGAAGGGAAAAGUCGCGCAUUCGAAUGAAUUAUAUUACAACAAUCAACUGUAUGUAAUUGUAAUUAAUUUUGUAGAUAGGAAAACUCGUAUUGUGUAAAUUGAAUUAAAACGUGACUGUGUAAUUUGAAGGACAGAAAAAAAUGUACUGGAAAGCCAUAAAACAUGUAUUUGCAAAACAAAUGCUGAAAUUGGAGCAAGCGGAUGUAUACAAAUUUUUAAAUCGUAAAUUGUACUCAAAGAGGAACCGGAUGGAAAGAGAUUGUAUUUUUUUUUAUUUUUAUUUAGCCAUGGUUAUUCGGUUACGAUGUGAUUGUCGCUUUGUUUUUUACCGCUCAAUAAAUUAUGGAUGUAAAAAUUUAACAGGAAGAUGCAUGUUUUGUACGGCGAAUAUUACAUUCCGCAACAGAAGCAAACUGAAACAUGAAAUGUGUAAAGCAAUAAUAAUUAUUUACACAACUUUAAAUAACGUAGACCUUUAAGUUUCAAUGUAUAAUUUAUUACUACUGUUUCAGAUUCCAUGGAUGUUUAUUUGAUAUAUUUUGUACUGCAAGCCACACAUUGAAA